AUGGCCUCUGUCUGCGCAUUGACGGCACUCGGGCUCAGGUUAUGGAGUUUCGGAGUCCCCGGGGUGAUUGUCCAGCGUGUUCUAACCGGCCGCUGUCCUCCUGUCUUUGCAGUGCUGAGCAUCCGAGGGGCCCAGGAAGAGGAGCCCGCGGACCCGCAGCUGGUACGGCUGGACAACAUGCUACUGGCAGAGGGGGUCGCGGGGCCUGAGAAAGGAGGGGGCUCAGCCUCCGCAGCCGCUGCCGCAGCAGCUGCCGCCGCCGCUGCCGUCUCCGGGGGAGGGGGUACCGACACCUCGGCGGAGCACUCGGACUACCGGGCCAAGCUCACCCAGAUCCGACAGAUCUACCACACCGAGCUGGAGAAGUACGAGCAGGUAAACGCACCCAGCAUUCCCGGCACUGCCCCGUACUCACACCGGCUUCACCCACACCCUCAC